AUGUGGUUUGGGGGUGGUGGGUGGGUUGUUUUGUGGUGGGGGUGGGGGGGUUUAGGGGUUGGGUUUUGUGGGUGGGGGGGGGUUGUUGUUUUAUGUUUGGGUGUGGAGUGUGUGGGGGGGUUGUUGGUGGUGUGGUUGUUUGGUUUGAGUUGUUUUGUUUUUGGGUGGGUGGUGGGUGUUGGGUGUUGGGUUAAGGGGGUUGGUGGGGUUGUGGGUGUUUUUGUGGGUGGGAUGGGUUGGUUUGUGGGGUGGGUUAUUGUGGGUUUGUUGGUGUGUAUUUGUUUUUUUUUUUUGUUUUGUGUGUGUGGGUGUGUGGGGGUGGGGGGUUUGUGUUGUUUUGUGUGUGGUGUGUGUUUGUGUUGGUUGGUGUGUUUGGUUUUGUUGUUGAUGGUGGUUGGUUGUGGGGGGGUUGGUUGUGGGUGUUUUUGGUUGUGGGGGAGGGUUGUUUUUGUUGGUUGUUGGGGGGUUUUUGUGGGUUGGUGGGGGGGUGUGGUGUGUGUUGGGUGUGGGGUUUUUUUUAGUUGUGUUUGGUUGUGGGUUUUUGGUUGGGGUUGUUUGGGGUUUGGGGGGGUGGAGGUGAUUGGGGGGGUGUUUUUGUGGUGGGGUGUGGGGGGGAUGGGGUGGGUUGGGUUGGUUUGUUGUGUGUUUGGGUGUUGUGGUUGGUUUGGUGGGUGUGUUGUUGUGGUGGGUGUGGGGUUGGUGGGUUUGGGGGUUGUGUGUGGUUGGGUGGUUGGGUUUGGGUGGGGGGGUGUUUGUUUGGUGGGGGGGGGGGGGGGGGUUUUGUGGGUAUGGGGUUGUUUUUUGGGGGGGGGGGAGGGGUGGUUGUUGGGGGUUUUGGUGGGGGGGGUGGGGUUGGGGUUUAUGGAUGGGGAGUGUUGUUGGGGGUGGGGAUGGGGUGGUAGGGUUGGGGGGAUGGGUGGGAAAUGUUUUGGGGUUUGGUUGAUGGUUUUGGGUGGUUGGAAGAGGGGUAGGGGGGGGGGUGGAGAGUGGGGGGUGGGGGGGGGGGUGGAGGUGGGGGUGGGGGGGGGGGGUGGGUGUGUUUGUGUGUGUGUGUGGGAGGGGGAGGGAAGAUGGGAGUGGUUGGGGGGGGGUGGGUGUAAGUUAUGUUUGUGUGGGGAUGUGGGGGGUAAGGAGUUAGAGGAAGGGGGGUGGGAGGGGGGGUGGUUGGGUUUUUAUUGGGGUGGAGGGUUUGAUGGGUUUGAUGUGGAAGGGAUUUGGUUGGGGGGGUUGAUGAAUGUGAUAAAUGGAGAUUAG